AUGACAGACUGGAAGACGCAAGCAGAGGCCUACAAGGCGCGCAUCGCGGCGCAGAUUCCCGCGGAGUGGCGCCUGAGCGCCGACGUCCUGUCCAACCUCCCGCUAAACGUCACCCGCCUGCCCGAGACGAGCGGCCUCCUCACGCAACGCGAAGUAGAGCUCAAGGCCCUCGACGCGACGGCGCUUGCCGCGGCCAUCGCGACACGGGAGUACACCGCCGUCGAAGUCGUCACGGCGUACGCCAAGGCCGCGGCGAUCAGCUCGCAGGCAACGCACAGCAUCAUGGACUUCUUUCCUGCCGAGGCGGUCGCGCAGGCGCAGGCGCUGGACGAGGAGCUCGCGCGGACGGGCAAGGUCGUUGGGCCGUUGCACGGUGUACCCAUCAGCGUCAAGGACAUGAUCGGCCUCGCAGGCCGCGCGCGAACUUGCGGCUCCCUCGCCGGCGCGCUCGACCCGGCCCUCCAGCCAACCGAGGACAGCGUCAUCGUCGCUGCGCUGCGCAAGGCCGGCGCCGUGUUCUACGCGAAGACGACCAACCCCCAGGCGAUCAUGCACCUCGAGACCAACAGCUUCCUCGGCGAGACGCUCAACCCGUGGAACACGCGCCUUACCCCCGGCGGCAGCUCGGGCGGCGAGAGCGCGCUGAUUGCUGGUGGGGGGAGUGUGCUUGGCAUCGGCACCGACAUCGGCGGCUCGAUCCGCAACCCCUGCUCCAACUGCGGCCUGUUCGGCUUCAAGCCGACCGCGGCGCGUAUCCCAAAGCAGGGCAACACGAGCGGCAUGCCUGGCCAAGAGACGAUCAUUGGCGCCGUCGGCCCGAUGGGCGUGUCCGCGCGCGACUGCGAGCUGUUCAUUUCGUCCAUCCUGGCGGCCGAGCCGUGGCGCCGCGACCCGACCAUGGUCGGCAUGCCGUGGCGCCCUGAGAGCGCGCGGUACACGCACGGCGGGGAGCGCCCGCGCAUCGGCGUCAUGUGGGACGACGGCGUCGUGCUCCCGCAGCCGCCUAUGCGCCGCGCGCUCUCGGCCGCCGUCGAGCGGCUCAAGGCCAAGGGCUACGACGUCGUCGACUUCAAGCCCUACCGUACCGCCGAGGGGUGGGAGACGCUGCGCUCCCUGUACUUCACCGACGGGGGCGCGCAUAUCCGCGCGACGGCGGCGGCGAGCGGCGAGCCGAUCCUCCCGCUCACCGAGUGGAUCAUGGACGGCGCCGUCGACAACACGGCGACGCAGAUCCGCGCGCUCAACCGCGCGCGCGACGCGUUCCGGCUCGACUGGUGGCGCUACUACGCCGAGCAGAAGGUGGACAUCAUCCUCACGCCUGCGUACCCCGGCCCGGCGCCCGUGCUCGGCACGAGCAAGUACUGGGCCUACACUGCGCUGUUCAACAUCCUCGACAUGCCCGGCGCCGUGUUCCCUACGGGCCUGUAUGUCGACCCGAGUAACCCCGCCGACAAGGCGGAUAAGGAGGGCGACCGCGCGUGGCUGAGCGAAGAGGACAAGCUCAAUGCCGAGCGGUAUGAUGCCGAGGUCUUUACUGGCGCGCCGCUCGCGCUCCAGAUUGUCGGCGAGCGCUGGGAAGACGAGAUGGUCAUGAAGGCCCUCUAUGGGGUCAGUGAGGCUGUUAGGGUGUGA